AUGUCAGCGUCGCGUCACAGAGCUCAGCUCAUCCAACACUGCGCCGAAGCAGCGCGUGCAAUCCGCGAUGAAUGCACCGCCAUCAGGUCCGCAGAAGAGGUCGAGGCCGUCUCGCUCGCCGGCUGCGGUCAUGCUCUCGUUGAACUGCUCUCACGCCAGGCGCAACAGAUCAGUCUCUGCUACCGAGAACUAGAGUCUACCACCGCCACCGCGAACGUGGUGGGCCCAAUCUCUCGCGAGAAGCGAGCGCUGGUGCUGAAGCGACUGGAGGAUAUCGCCUCGAUUGCGUACGCCAAGUUCUACGCUUACCUCUUCAAGGACCUGCCGGUGUGCUGGAGGCAGCUGUACACCGAUGCGAGUAUCCUGAAGUUCUGCUUCGUGCUGCUGCGGUCCUCAUUCCUGGCCGCUCCUGGGACAGAACUUGAAGAUGCAGAUGGAGCUGCUGGAAGGGACGCAGAAGACCUGGAUGCGCUUGUCGAGACUUUGGAUCUAGCCUUGAUCUUGGCGGGAGCUGCUGGUGAAUCUAGAGGGAGGAGAUGGAUCGACAAGGCGUUGGAACUGCUUCGCCUAGUAUGGCUUGAGACAGCCGAGAGCAAUGAUAGCGGAAGUGACGCUGCUAUACUAGGAGGUCGGCCGGCAAAGAGAGUGAAAUUGGCAGACACGCUGGCCGACAAUGUCAGAGGCGGCAUUCACCAUGAUGAAACAUUCUCUACAGAGGAGCCAUUCACGCCGCCCGUCAAACACCCCAUCAAGCGCGUUGAAGCACUCUCCAUGGAGGCAUUCCAAACGCACAUGGAUAGACCUCAAGACCCAAAGCUAGGUCCCGAGCCUCUCGUCAUCCGCAAUGCGCUCAAAGACUGGCCGGCUCUAAGCACGCACCCGUGGAACAAGCCAUCGUACCUCUUAUCCCAGACCUUCGACGGCCGCCGUCUCGUUCCCGUCGAGAUCGGGCGCAGCUACGUAGACGAAGACUGGGGCCAGAAGAUCAUCCAUUUUGGGGAGUUCCUACGUACAUACAUCGACCCAUCACUGCCGCCCAUCUCGCUCUUCCCGACCUCUCCCCAUCUCAACCCCAAUUUCCUUACCGAUUCCGAUCCCAACCCCAUCUCCGACACCACCGCACCCUCCUCCUCCUCCCCUCAAGUCCCCAAACAAACCGCCUACCUAGCCCAACACCCCCUCCUAACGCAACUCCCCGCCCUCCGCAACGACAUCCUGAUCCCGGACUACUGCUACACGUCGCCCCCACUACACCCGACCGACCCGGCCGCCGACCAGCCGGAGCUCGAAGCGCCGCUGCUGAACACAUGGUUCGGCCCUCCCGGCACAAUCACCCCGCUGCACACGGACCCGUACCACAACAUACUAGCACAGGCCGUCGGGCGCAAGUACGUGCGGCUGUACGCUCCCACCCAAACGGCGCGCAUGGCGGCGCGCGGACGGGAGGGCGGCGUUGAGAUGGGGAAUACUAGUCGCGUGGACGUUGGGGUGGUGGAGGGGUGGGAUGAGGCCCGGGGCGGUGGUUAUGACGGAGUUGAUGAAGGGGAGGAUGGGGCUGGGGAUGAGGAUAUGGAUAUGAAUAUGGAUGACGAGGAGGGUAAGAUGAGCGAGCAGGACAUUGCUGCGUUCAGGGAGAUCCCGUUCGUGGACUGCAUCCUCGAGCCUGGAGAUGCGCUCUAUAUCCCUAUCGGGUGGUGGCAUUACGUCAGGGGGUUGAGCGUGAGCUUCAGUGUAAGCUUUUGGUGGAACUAG